CUAGAACGCGACACGACUUCACACCUAAACCUCACCUUCCCUGCCGCAUUUCCGAUUAAACCCCUUAUCUUCACCAUCUCUACUCAAACCCUAAAAUUCCAAAUUCUUAAAAGGUUCUGUGCCCGAUCUUCCAUUUCAUUUAUCUUCACACGUACAAAAUCCUGUAGGACAUCCUCCGUGAAGGUCUGGAAAUGGCGGCUUCGGCAGCUCAGAUACACGCCCUCGGGGCCUCAGCCUACUUCACGUCCGGAAAUUCCACAAAAAAGAAUGCCACUAAAACAGUUUUCUUCGGGUCGAAGCUGAAUAACAAUGAUCUGAUGAGGUUGAAUUUGAAAUGUAAGGCCAGAAGCACUUCCCGUCGUGGCACGCCACUCCGUGUGGUGGCGGAGAAAGUCGUUGGAAUUGACCUUGGGACGACCAACUCUGCGGUGGCGGCUAUGGAGGGCGGGAAACCCACAAUUGUUACCAACGCCGAGGGCCAGCGGACGACGCCGUCUGUGGUUGCCUAUACGAAGAACGGGGACAGGCUAGUGGGGCAAAUUGCCAAGCGGCAGGCGGUGGUGAAUCCUGAGAACACAUUCUUCUCCGUGAAGAGAUUUAUUGGGAGGAAGAUGUCGGAGGUAGACGAGGAGUCAAAACAGGUCUCAUAUCAUGUUGUGAGAGAUGACAAUGGAAAUGUGAAGCUUGAGUGUCCUGCCAUCGGGAAGCAGUUUGCAGCUGAAGAAAUUUCAGCCCAGGUUUUGAGGAAGCUUGUGGAUGAUGCAUCAAAGUUUUUGAAUGACAAGGUGACUAAGGCAGUGGUCACUGUCCCUGCGUACUUCAAUGAUUCUCAGAGGACUGCUACGAAGGAUGCUGGUCGUAUUGCUGGUUUGGAGGUUCUCCGUAUAAUAAAUGAACCAACAGCUGCUUCACUGGCCUAUGGUUUUGAGAAGAAAAGUAACGAAACUAUUUUGGUCUUUGACCUUGGUGGCGGUACUUUUGAUGUUUCAGUUCUUGAGGUUGGUGAUGGUGUGUUUGAGGUGCUGUCUACUUCUGGAGAUACACACCUUGGAGGUGAUGACUUUGAUAAGAGAGUUGUUGAUUGGCUCGCUUCAAAUUUCAAGAAUGACGAGGGAAUAGAUCUUUUGCCUUUCAUUACUGCCACUGCAGAUGGUCCAAAACAUAUUGAAACCACUCUUACAAGGGCCAAGUUUGAAGAGUUGUGCUCGGAUUUGCUUGACAGGCUCAAAACUCCUGUACAAAAUUCCUUGAGGGAUGCAAAGCUCUCCUUCAGUAACAUAGACGAGGUAAUCCUUGUUGGUGGCUCUACCCGUAUUCCAGCUGUGCAGGAACUUGUUAAGAAAUUGACCGGAAAAGACCCUAACGUUACUGUAAACCCUGAUGAAGUUGUUGCCCUAGGAGCUGCAGUUCAGGCUGGUGUUUUGGCUGGGGAUGUUAGUGACAUUGUCCUUCUUGACGUGACACCAUUAUCUUUGGGCUUGGAAACUCUUGGUGGGGUAAUGACUAAGAUCAUUCCAAGAAAUACCACAUUGCCCACCUCAAAAUCUGAAGUGUUCUCAACAGCUGCUGAUAGCCAGACUAGUGUAGAGAUCAAUGUACUUCAAGGUGAGAGAGAGUUUGUUCGGGACAAUAAAUCUCUAGGCAGCUUCCGUCUUGAUGGAAUCCCUCCUGCUCCCAGAGGGGUUCCUCAAAUCGAGGUCAAAUUCGACAUUGAUGCUAAUGGGAUCCUAUCUGUCACUGCCAUUGACAAGGGAACUGGGAAGAAGCAAGAUAUCACCAUUACUGGUGCCAGCACAUUGCCGGGCGAUGAGGUUCGUGGUUUCACUGAUAUCUUGCUGGAAUCCUGAAAACUUUGUAGCUGUUUGAAUGAGAAUGCCAUGCAGUAUACUUUGGUUAAAUUAGAUUUCUUUUCAUUGUCAGGGAUGUUGGGUUAGUUUAUUAAAAUGUAACUACAAAUAUAACCUUGAAUACUAAACUGGAUUAAUCAAGUUAUAGCUAAUUUUACCAAUGUAUGGAGUAGAUGCUAAGCAAACACAAACCUGAGGCUACUGUCUGCAAUAGAACAAGGAGGUUAUGUAAUUUUGAAGAAGUAACUCUUGGGUUUUCACAAUGCCUUCAAUUUAACUGAUGUAUCCGGAUAUUUUAAUGAAUGGAAAGGAGCUUAGAUAUUGUUCCUUUCUUGUGAAGGAGGAUUAUAGGACAUUGAAUAGCAGGGAUUCUUAUCGUCUAUGCUCAACUUCUUUUUCCUUUUUGUUUUGUAAUGUUGAAAAUCGAUUCAUAUUUUAUUGUAAACACCAACAGACAGAUUUUGUUACUAUCCACUUUGAAACAUAUUUUAUUUGAAUGACUUAUAUCGAAAACAGGUGGAGAGAAUGGUGAACGAAGCUGAAAGAUUCGCAAAAGAAGACAAGGAGAAGAGAGAUGCCAUCGACACUAAAAACCAGGCUGACUCAGUAGUUUACCAGACAGAAAAGCAGUUGAAGGAGCUCGGGGACAAAGUCCCUGCCCCUGUCAAAGAAAAGGUCGAGGCCAAAUUGGGAGAACUCAAGAACGCCAUCACUGGCGGCUCAACCCAAGCAAUGAAAGAUGCCAUGACUGCUCUCAACCAAGAAGUAAUGCAGCUUGGGCAGUCACUGUACAAUCAACCGGGCGCUGCUGCCUCUGGUGCUGGACCAACACCACCUGGUGAGGGGUCAGCCGACAAAGGACCUGAUGGUGAUGUCAUUGAUGCAGACUUUACAGACAGCAAGUGAUUUAAAUGACGAGAUUAUUUUUUACUUUUUUGACCUGUUACCCUUUUUUGUCGUGUAUACGGGAUAUUUUGGCGGUCAAGAGUUAGUUGCGAUAGUGCUUGGAAGUGUUGAAUCAUAGGUGCUUCCUGUAAGAAAAGAUGCGGUAUGCUUGAAGAACUGUCAUUUUU